CUUCUAUUUUUCUUGUUUAUCGAAGAAAUAGUUGCGACACAAGGGGUGUGCAUUUGUGAAGUUUCCCCAAACAAAUCACCAGGCGAAUCAAGGAAGAAGAAGAUCGACGAAGAAGAUGAAGGCAUUGGGGUAUUGGCUAAUGUUGGUGGGUUCUCUUCGACUGUUGUCAGUUUGGUUUGGUUUCUUCGACAUCUGGGCUCUUCGACUCGCCGUUUUUUCCAACACCACCAUGACUGAAGUUCAUGGACGUACAUUUGGAGUAUGGACGCUUCUGACGUGCACACUGUGCUUCCUUUGCGCCUACAACCUCGAGAACAGACCGAUAUACAUGGCUACGUUCUUGUCGUUCAUCUAUGCCCUUGGUCAUUUUCUCACCGAGUAUCUAUUCUACGACACAAUGGCCAUCAAAAAUCUCGCAACGGUAGCUUUCUUCGCAGGAACGUCGAUCUUGUGGAUGUUAUUGCAGUGGAAUUCGCAUCGGCAAUCACAGUCCAAGCGUUCUUGAUGAUGAGCUCUUGCAACCAUUGUUUCUUAAUCUAAGGAUUUAACUUCUUAAAGAGGCAAUUCAAAGCCUCAAUCGCUGCACUUCGAUGUUUAAUUUUUCUGGCCAUUGGAUUUUGUCAGAUUUUGUUUUCGCGUCGCUUUUUUCUAACUGAACCAAAUUGUGAACUUGAGUGUUUCUAUUAACGGUAAUGUUUAAGAUUGGAUAA